AAUCUGAAUUCUUAGUUUCACGCAGUUGCAAAAAUUCCCUAACAAUGAUGAGAAGCAGUAUCUGGAAGAGGCAGCUUUGGAGUUAGGGAGACCUGGGGCAUCUUGCCUGCAAGACUGAGCAAGUCAUGUAAGUAUCAGUGUUUCAGACAACUCUUUUUUUUUUUUUAAAUAACUUUUUAUUGAUAGAACCCAUGCCAGGGUAAUUUUUUACAGCAUUAUCCCUUGCAUUCACUUCUGUUCCGAUUUUUCCCCUCCCUCCCUCCACCCCCUCCCCCAGACGGCAAGCAGUCCUUUACAUGUUAAAUAGAUUACAGUAUAUCCUGGAUACAAUAUAUUUGUGCAGAACCGAACAGUUUUCUUGUUGUACAGGGAGAAUUGAAUUCAGAAGUUAUAAAUAACCCGGGAAGAAAAACAAAAAUGCAAGCAGUUUAUAUUCAUCUCCCAGUGUUCUUUCUCUGGGUGUAGCUGCUUCUGUCCAUCUUUGAUCAAUUGAAACUGGAUUAGCUCUCUUUAUCGAAGAGAUCCACUUCCAUCAGAAUAUAUCCUCAAACAGUAUCGUUGUUGAGGUAUAUAAUAAUCUCCUGGUUCUGCUCAUUUCACUUAGCAUCAGUUCAUGUAAGUCUCGCCAGUCCUCUCUGUAUUCAUCCUGCUGGUCAUUCCUUACAGAACAAUAAUAUUCCAUAACGUUCAUAUACCACAAUUUACUCAACAUCUCCAAUUGAUGGGCAGCCAUUCAUUUUCCAGCUUCUAGCCACUACAAACAGGGCCGCCACAAACCAGACAACUCUUUAAGACUCUUAAGUUACAGGUAAUGAUUUUUACUAGUAAUUUAAGUUGCUUCUCUAUCUAUAUAACCAAAAAGGGCAUCAGGGUAGAUAUCAUUGAAGAGCAAGAUCUUGGUGGUUCCCGCACAUCUCUCCCUUACUGCUUCACAGCUUCGAGUUCUGCAUGAAUCAGCUCUUUUGCCAUUCAGACCUAUGCACCCACUCAUUCAGCUUGCUGGAACUCUGUCAAGUCUGUUUAGAAAUGCUUUAUUUUUUUGCCUCAAUGAUCACUCCUCCAGGUCUGCCUACUCUAAGAGUUAAGGUGACAAAAAUUUUCCUUCUCGUUCCCUCUAGCGUGUGUGGUUAGAGCCAGGAAAGGGUUUCCUUUAGCAAGACUGGAGAGGUGGAGUAAAGCAAAGGAGUGACCUUUGUUCUACAUUCUUACCAGCGUCAAAACUGUCACCUUCGCUAAGUGUUGUAGUUCUUUGUGGACUAAAAGAGGUGUGCCCAACUAUUUCUUUCCUAAGCUCGCUUCCCAUUGUUUCCCAACUUCCCUGAUGUAAAAACAACAUCCUCUUGGAGGCUGCUGGGACAACCAAGGCAAGGUUCUAUCUGUGAAGCCUUCAGUACUUCUUGGAGGAGGGUCAGCGAAAGCAACAAGACACUCCGGUUACCUCUGUAUGCACGCGAGGCGUCCAGAAAGCAACGUUUUGCGGGGAGGCAGGGCUGCUGGCUAGAACACCAGCCUGACCCGCGGGCUCUCAUCUUAGCCUCUUUCUUGCGGAGUGUGGGAUAAUACGCAGGGCUGGUUGGGGCUGGAAGGAGGAGGGGCCAGAAGGGUAAAGUGCGUGCUUUUCCAGUUCUCCAGAACGCCGGAGGAGUUUGAAGGGAGUGUCGGGAAGGUAGGGAGAGAGAGUGGGAGGACUUACCGAGGGGUUCAAGAACAACCCCUUCACAGCCGGCAAGCUAACGAGCGAGAUGCGUACAAAGCGCGCGGGGCUAGGGCUUUCCAGGAAGCGAAUACUGACGAAGGCGUGGCCAGAGCUGGGCAGCGCGCGACGCGAAGGCUUCUCAGCAGCUACGAGCAGGGGGGGCGUGCCCAAGGCGGGCACGGGGCGGGACCUAGCGCGAGCCAAAGGGCGGACCCGCUUGGGGUCCUACCUUCUGCUCUCCUCCCUUCUCUUCCCCUCCCCCGCCCAGCCCUACCCGGGUUUCCCAGCCUCCCCCGCGCUUCCUCGGCUCCGGCAGUCGCAGCAGCGGGCGCGCGUCCUAGUCCCUGACUCGUUCAGUGCUAUGGCGGCCUACAGCAAGUACCUGACGGCGCGGAAUUCCUCGCUGGCCGGGGCCGCCUUCCUAGUGCUCUGUCUGCUUCAUAAGAGGCGUCGCGCUGCUGUCGCUGCCGCUUCCCGCGCCGGAGGCCCGCCGCACGGUAAGAAAAGUGGAAAACCACCAAUACAGAGCAAUGAGAAAGAAGGAAAGAAAGAACGGGCUAUGGUGGACAAGGUAUUCUUUUCAAGAAUUCAACAAAUUCUGAAAAUUAUGGUUCCUAGAACAUUUUGUAAAGAGACAGGUUAUUUGAUACUCAUUGCUGUAAUGCUGGUAUCUCGCACAUAUUGUGACGUUUGGAUGAUUCAAAAUGGGACACUCAUUGAAAGUGGUAUCAUUGGUCGCAGCAGAAAAGAUUUCAAGCGGUAUUUGUUCAACUUCAUCGCUGCCAUGCCUCUCAUCUCUCUGGUGAAUAACUUUUUGAAGUUUGGGUUAAAUGAACUUAAACUGUGCUUCCGAGUAAGACUCACUAAAUACCUCUAUGAGGAAUAUCUCCAAGCUUUCACAUAUUAUAAAAUGGGAAAUCUGGAUAACAGAAUAGCAAAUCCAGACCAGCUGCUUACACAAGAUGUGGAAAAAUUUUGUAAUAGUGUAGUUGAUCUCUACUCAAACCUUAGUAAGCCAUUUUUAGAUAUAGUUUUGUAUAUCUUCAAGUUAACAAGUGCAAUUGGAGCUCAGGGACCCGCUAGUAUGAUGGCCUAUUUGGUUGUCUCAGGCUUUUUCCUGACCCGCCUCAGAAGACCCAUUGGUAAGAUGACAAUGACUGAACAGAAAUAUGAAGGAGAAUAUAGAUAUGUCAAUUCUCGGCUCAUCACUAACAGUGAAGAAAUUGCCUUUUAUAAUGGAAAUAAAAAAGAAAAGCAAACAAUUCAUUCAGUCUUCCGUAAACUGGUGGAACACUUACAUAAUUUCAUCUUAUUUCGAUUCUCCAUGGGAUUCGUUGAUAGCAUUAUUGCCAAAUAUCUGGCUACUGUGGUUGGUUACUUGGUUGUUAGUCGUCCUUUUCUGGAUUUAUCACAUCCUCGACAUCUUAAGAGUUCCCAUUCAGAACUUUUGGAGGAUUACUACCAAAGUGGAAGAAUGCUUCUGAGAAUGUCUCAAGCUCUGGGCAGAAUAGUCUUGGCGGGUCGUGAAAUGACCAGAUUAGCUGGUUUCACAGCUCGGAUUACAGAAUUAAUGCAAGUACUAAAGGACUUGAAUAAUGGCAAAUAUGAGCGCACAAUGGUGUCUCAACAUGAGAAGGAUGCUGAAGGAACUCAAGUCAUUCCCUUGAUCCCUGGUGGAGGAGAAAUCAUCAAUUUAGAUAAUGUUAUUAAGUUUGAUCAUGUUCCUUUAGCAACACCAAAUGGAGACAUCUUAAUUCGUGAUCUUAACUUUGAAGUUCGAUCUGGUGCAAAUGUUUUGAUUUGUGGUCCAAAUGGAUGUGGAAAAAGUUCACUUUUUCGUGUUCUUGGUGAACUGUGGCCUCUCUUUGGUGGGCGUCUAACUAAACCUGAAAGAGGAAAAUUGUUUUAUGUUCCCCAGAGACCUUAUAUGACUCUUGGAACACUUCGAGACCAGGUGAUUUAUCCAGAUGGAAAAGAGGACCAGAAAAGGAAGGGGAUUUCUGAUCAGGUGCUGAAAGGAUACUUAGAUAAUGUCCAGUUGGGUCACAUCUUGGAACGUGAAGGAGGCUGGGACAGUGUUCAGGACUGGAUGGAUGUACUCAGUGGUGGAGAAAAACAAAGAAUGGCGAUGGCAAGAUUAUUUUAUCAUAAACCUCAGUUUGCCAUUUUAGAUGAAUGUACUAGUGCUGUUAGUGUUGAUGUAGAAGGCUACAUUUACAGUCAUUGCCGGAAGGUUGGUAUUACUCUUUUUACUGUGUCUCAUAGAAAAUCCCUUUGGAAACAUCAUGAGUAUUACCUACAUAUGGACGGGAGAGGCAAUUAUGAAUUCAAGCAGAUAACUGAAGACACAAUUGAAUUUGGCUCUUAAAAUGUGAAGAAUCACAGCUGCUUUGAAAUAAGUUCAGAGUACCCAUGGAAAUACAAAGUACAUUGUAAAAUACAGUUAUUAAGCUUGUUUAAAAACAAUUAAUUCUAGUUAUAGAAAAAUCCAAAACAAGCGGUUUAAAACAUUUAAUAUUAUGUAGGAUAUUGCUAAUUGUGUAUAUGUUGGUUUAAUUAUUAAUAUGUACUAAGAAUGUCCUUAUUCUUGUGGUUAAAAACCUGCCUAAAUUAAAUUGGGCUUAAAUCAGUGUAACCUGAUUCAUCCUGGGAUGUAAACCAUUUGAAGUCAGCUAAUUUGACUUUUGUGGACCUUCCUUUUCCUUCAGUGAAGAGCCCUGUUUAAAAUUGGGGUCAUCACCUUUCCUAUUCUAAUGAGACAGUCCUGGGUUUUCUUAGUCUAUCCCAAAGUACUGGGGAACACAAAAAAAUCAUAGUGUAUUAUGAAAAUCUUUCACACCAUCGCAUAAUAGCAGUUAGUUGCACAGUGACAGAUUUCUUUAGCUGCCACAUUUACACUCAUUCCUCAUGUCUCAGAGACUUUUGACUUCUUGAAAGCCUCUCUGACUUCUCCUUUUCUAAACAACAAAUGUGCUCCCUCCCUUUACAGUGUUGAGUUGGUUUGGGGGUUAUUUUUACAGAUGUAGUGACAUCUACUUUGUCUUGUAUACAAAGGAGGUUAUUUACCUGCCUUACCUUUUCAGUAUUUGGGAAGGUCCUUAGAAAUCAAGCUCCACUAUUUGAGAUUUUUUUAAAAAAGAAUUGGACAAAUUUGUGUAUCCUAGUAAACCAUUCCUUAGCAGUCUGGUGAUUCUGUAAUCUCAAGAUCCAAGGUAUCAUAGGAAUGCCUUGUGUAAGGGUAUUGCACUGAAUAGGUAAUGUGGUCUCUCAUUCUCUUACCAUGAUUUCAUGUUUUAAAAAAUGGUCUUUUAUCAUAAAACAGUGUGGGCAUGGGAGAAAUUAUAUGCGUCCUAGGGUCUAGUUUACAUGUGUGAAUUCCGAAUGCCUUUUUAUUAUAUUUGGAUCAUUAUGUUUAAUUACUGUAUCCUGAUGUAGAAGUUGAUUGCCCCUCAAAUAACGUUUCUGCACACUUCCCUUAAGUUACAUAUAUUAACUUAAUGAGAACUUCAACUGAGCAUAAUCAAUAUAAUUAGUAUAAUCAGUUUAUCCAGACCAGGGCUCAGAAAGGCGCAUUUUAUAUACUUGUUCCUGCAUAAUUCUGCAGAUCACUGGCUACUAAAGUGAAACUUGAUGUACUCAUUCCAUGAGACAUAACAAUGUUUUUACCACUUCUCUUAGAAAAAUUAUCUACUUCUCAUUUACUUUAUGUUCGGAUUAAAAAAAAAAUCGAAUCUUAUACAA